AUGGCUCAACGCGAUCCCCAUCCCCGUCCCGCUCAUCUCGACCUUUCGCUCGAACGCCAGAGGCCUGUCGUGGGAGACCCUCCAUAUUCUGAGACUCUCAACGCUUCAUCUGAUGUCUCUAGGGGCCGUCCACCCUACCGCGAUUCCCACCACGCUGCAACCUCGACCUCGCCCUCACCAGGACGCACCAGAUCGCAGACCCUUCCUGUCGUAACCCCGACUUUCUAUCCCGCCAAGCCCAUCAAGCGCAAGCCUCUAUCUUCUACCGCCUCCCAAAUAGCUGCCAGUUACGCCUCUGGUUCUAGUUCACCAUCCGUCCUGUCACCCGGGGACUUGCCCAUGCCUGACACGCGCUUCUCGAGGUCCUAUUCCGUCGACAGUCCUACUCUCUACGAGUAUCCCGACAAGUACUCCGACAACGUCCGACCUCUGUUCGCACCGCCUGCUGCUCACCAGAAGCUUGACAUCCUCAGUCCCCCACCUACCGACGCGGCAGACGACGCGGCUCACUCUGUCUCACGAAACAUCCCAAGCACCACCCUUGCAGCUGCUCAAACAAAACCUUCAGACGGCCUGUCAGAACCUGCCUACCUGACCGCAGACGUCACCUCAACCUUCUCCCCGAAGUUGCCGAAAGCGACUCCUCAGCCGAUCAUUGAAGAGGAGGAGGACACGGACGAAGAUUCCGAGUCAACUUACAGUCACAACACUAAUGAGAACUCUAUCAUGUCCAUACCCGCUACCAAACCUACUCCUCCUCAUCUGAACUUAUCGCAGAACCGAAAGGAUUCAUCGCAAACAGUCACUACUGUAUUAGAAGCUCCGCUGUCCCUGACUCCUACAACGUCAACGACGCCGACACCGUCGCUCAACAAGCCUCUACCCAAGUCACCGGGUUCUUCCAAGCUUGCCAAUUUCUUUGGCUGGGGAGGAUCACCGUCUCCUUCGACGACAGAGUUCUCGUCGCUCUCAUCACCUUUCGCAUCCCCACGACGUGCCACGCUGACAGAUGACACUCCACUCACCACCGGAGUACCGUCUCUGCUGCCAGAACCAACAAAAAGGAAUGCCACACCAAUCAACGCUCUUGGCUACUGCGAAUCACACCUGCACACCCCACCGUCUUCCUCCCUAGCCCCAUCGAUACAAAUCGAGGAGAUGGAGGACGAGCUGAAGGCCAUCAGCGCCGAGCUGGCCUCGUCCAUUCGACGAGAAAUGGACCUCGAAGACUUGGUCGACAGACUGCAGUCCGAGAUUAACAAUCCCCAAGCUCCUGGCAAGAGAACCAGUGAUUACUUUUCCGACUCGGGCUACAGCUCCGCCAAGUUCAGCGAGUAUGAUCAGAACAAGGAGGAAAUCGAGAAGAUCCAGCGGCGCGCCGAGCAAGACAAAGCCUCCAUGCGCCUUGAGCUGACGACUAAGUUGCAAGAAGAACGAACGAGGAGAGGCGAGUUGGACCAGCAAAUCAAGGAACUUGCCGAGAAAGCGUCACAAGUCGACAUUGCACAGAUCAAUAGCGAAGACACGAACAACCGUCUCAAGGACCUGGAACACACAUGCGAGGACCUGCGACGCAGACUCGGCGAAGAGAUCCAGGUCAAGUCUAACUUCGAAGACCUUCUCUCCGUCUUGAAGGUCGAACUCCAGAGCGCCACUAAUGAGCGUGACAACCUCCGCGAUGAGAUUGUGCCUCAACUCAAGGCGAAGCUCGAGGGCCUCGAAGCUGAGGCAUCCGAAUACGCCAACCUGACCUACGAAUCCUCCAAGAUGCAACAAGAACUGGAGGCCUUGAAGCAGGAAAAUAAAACGCUCAAGGCUUCUGGCCAACCCCCCCAAGCAGACACGCGUUCCCGAAGUUCCACCAUGCGUUCCGCACCUCGAUUGUCGAGGUCCAGUUCCGUUACCGCUGCUUCCCCCUUCGUCUUGCAGAAAGCCCCCAUGGGUCUCACGCGGUCGAACACUGUUAAGUCUGGUGUGACGGAGUCCCGUGAGCAGCUCUCUGAACGUCUCAAGGACGUCGAGGCUCAACGAGACGCGCUUCAUAACGCCCUGAAGAGUCUCCUCGACAGACAAGAGUUCCAGAACCGAGAGAACGACAAGAAAAUCAAGGGUUUGGAAGUGGAACGAGACCGUCUCAUGGCCUCAUCUCCCCGAAACGCUGGGUUCGAGAAGGACAUCUCCAAUCUUCGCGUCGAGAUUAACGUCCUUCGUCGUCGAGCUGAGGAGGCAUCGGAACAGAAGUGGCAAGUCGAAAAGGGUCUCGCUGGCCUUAAGAUGGAUCUCGACCGUGCCGAAGAGGAAGUUGCUGCCCUUCGCGGCUUAUUGAAGGAGCAGGACAUUCUCAUCCCGCCGUCGAUGGCCCGGUCAAGCGUCGACCGCCGCUCGGCACUGACUGUGCCUGUCACAUCCGAUUCCCUGGAAGCGGCGUUCAAGGACCUGCAGCUUGCAUACAAGGAAUCUCUCGACAAGAUUAAGGAACUUGAGGCUCAUGGGCCCAUUCUUGGGCAGGACGAGUCCACGCAACUUGCCAUGCAGCGACUCGAGCAGUCUCUUUCAUCUGCCGUCUUCGAACGUGACGCGGCAAAGGAGGAAGCAUCGGCAUACAAGGAUCAGCUGGAAAGCCUUGCCAGCAGCGAAGUUGCCCAUCUCGAGAGCGAGCGUGCACUUGCAGACGAGCUUCGCAGCUCUGCCCAGCGUGUUGAAGAACUCGCGGCACAAGUCCAGAAGCAGCUCUCCUUGAACACAGACUUGCGCCAGCGUCUGGCUGAGGCGGUCGCUCGCGGAGACGCGGAUCGCAAGGCCAACGCAGACCGCAUCACGCGUCUGCAAAGCCGUCUCAAGAACCUUGAGGAGCAACUGCAGGCUGCUCAAGUUGCGUCUGAGGAACGUGUGAUGCGACAUGAGGAGCAACUUAGGGAGCUCAAGGACGCACAGAACACACAGCUGCGCCGGAUGACCCCGUCCCCUGUCGGAAAUGGACUGCGGUCAUCUCGCAAGUCCGGCCUCAGCCCGAUGCCGUCGCCGCUGUUCCCUCGCUCGCCUCGACUCCCGCCUAAGUCUGUCGAAGAUGAGACCCAAAUUGAGAGGUUGCGCGUCAAGGUCGUGGAACUGGAGACGGCACUGACGAACGCCGAUUCGGAGAUGCAAGAUGUCAUUGCUCGUAUGAGUUCGGCGCAAAUCGAGGUCUUGACCUUGCAGGAAGAGCGCGAGGCCGCGAGGCGCGAAACUCGGCGCAUUCAGCAAGAGCUGGAGAAGGAGAAGAUGAAGUCCUUCGAAGACCGGUUCAAAUCGCUCAGCGGCAACGUCUAA